UUCUAAGCUCGGUGGAUCGAAAAUUCAUUUGCGAUGGAGUUAGAUAUAGUCCGAUUUCUAGAAAACAAGACCAUACUAGUUACUGGCGCCACGGGUUUCCUAGCCAAGGUUUUUGUGGAGAAGAUACUCCGAAUUCAACCAAAUGUGAAGAAAAUGUUCCUCCAUAUUAGAGCUACGGAUAAACAAUCAGCUAUACGUCGGUUACAUGAAGAGCUCCUACAGAAGAAGUUAUUCGAUGUUUUGAGGGAAAAAUGGGCAGAGAAUUUCAAUUCAAUUGUGGAGAAAUUGUCUCCAAUUCCUGGUGACGUUUCUUGCGAGAACUUGGGAGUACAUAAUUUUGAUUUGAGGUCGGAGAUGUGGAAAGAAAUAGACAUAAUCGUUAACUCCGCCGCAACUACAAAAUUUGACGAAAGAUAUGACAUUGCACUAGCUGUCAAUGCAUUUGGAGCGAAGCAUGUUGCUGAAUUCGCUGUAAGAUGUGCCAACAUAAAGAUGCUACUCCACAUAUCAACUGCAUAUGUAUUUGGCAAUAUGACCGGAAUUAUACAAGAAAAGACAUUUCACAUGGGCGAGAUGCUCAACGGGUCAGGAGUAUCCGUGCAUAACACAUCAUAG